ACUGCAUUGGCUUCUCCCCUGCAACUUGGGUAGCUUUUUCUUUCGUGAUUUGGGGGGGAGGAUUCGUCUAUCAUGUAUUUCAACUCAACUUCACGCUCCUUUUUCAAAACCAGCAGGCAGCUAAAGUCCGCCUGGCUCUCGCGUCCUCUGACAAACUCGGGCUCUCCUGCUUUUUCGAAUCUGGAACAGAAGCCAUUGUCUGUCACCAAUCACCCAAGUGGUUCCCCAGUUGCACCUAAGCAAUCGCCAAGAUUUUACAUGAAAGAAUGGUCUGAACGUCUUGACUCUAUUGCCGAAAAAUCCCGACUUCCUAGAAGUGUACAGGCAGUUUAUUUACGACCACUCAGAAGGAAGGCCGAAUACGGCCUUCCGGUUUGUGAUCUUCAGUUAAGAUCAUACAGUGUGCGAAAUGUCGAAUUCUUUGCUGAUUUUGCAAUACGGGCUGCCUACUAUUUGAAACUUCCUGUAUCCGGCCCUGUACCUUUGCCCCGGAUUGUGGAACGGUGGACAGUGCCUCGGAGCAACUUUGUGCAUAAAAAAAGCCAAGAAAAUUUUGAACGUGUUACGCUUCGUCGACUUAUCCAAAUAAAAGAUGGCCAUCCCCAAGCGGUGCAGGCGUGGCUCGCGUUCCUACGGAAACAUGCGUUUUACGGGGUUGGAAUGAAAGCAAAUAUUUGGGAUUAUGAAAGUCUCGACGUCGCAAAAUCUAUGGAUGAAGCUCUUCCCGAAAUUGAGAAGUCGGUCGAGUUCGAUCUUGCACAAUUUGGUCAGCGAAAAGAUAUAAAGACUGAAAACUCUAUAUUCGAGGUCUUAGGCAAUGAGCGGUUUUCUCAUAAUAAAAGCCCUCUAAUAGAUGUCCGCAGGGACUAGUUAUCAAGUCUAGUGCAGUGCAAUUUCUUCUCUCUGGCAAGAUAUUCAGCUCUAAAACUUCGUCCUAUUCUUCCGGCUGCAGUGGACGAGUCCUAUCGGAAGUAUCGACGAUGAGAUAGCGGCAUGUACAUUAAUGUAUGGUUUUGUUAUGUGAAGUGCGGAGUAGAUAUUGCCAUUAUAUGGGCUCUUGAGUUCCAACCCUGUCCUGACACGAUCCAUAACGUCUCACAUUAAGUCUUUUCUCGAAUGUACGCGCAUGACUUCCUAGCCAUUCAAUAUAAUGUCAAGACUAGUCUGAUCUUGAGAUAUUAUGGCUGGUGAUUGAGAUUAAGUGCCGCUAAUUGCCUCGAAAUGAGCAUUGUUAGCUGUAGCGGUUGGAUACUCCCCCAUCUUAUACAUAAUAAUAUGAAUACAGUGAAGUGCUAUUAAGAAACACCCUCCACCGCCCAGCAAUCACCUUCCCUUAUUGCGUGUUUUGAC